AUGCUCUUCCAUAUCCUGGCUCGGCUUCUGUGGCCCAAAUGGAGCUUAUUCGCCAACAUGUGGGAGUCCAUGCAAGUAGAACUCCAUGGAAUCUACUCGACCGCGCGCGUGUUACAAUUGGCAAAACACGAACGCACAUCGAAUUGGAUUCAUGAUAUAGCGAUUUUGUUCGGCAUCCCGCUUCCGUGUGUGGCUGUCACUGUGCUGAUCGAUGUUUUUCCGCUCGCUGAUCCCACCGACUCCAUAGACGCCAAUACGAUGAGCUUUGUGCGAGUGUACUACAGUUUUGUUGUAUUUAGUCUUGUCGCUACGCAUCUGGUCCGGACUGUGAUGCCUUCACGAUCAUUUACUGUUAUACGAGCGCUGCUUAAUGCACUUGUGAUAUCGGCUAUUACUGUUUGUAUUCUCUACGGAAUGACCCGUUCAAUUGGCUUUCCGUUGCCAUUUUCAGUUUUGACGGUAUCACCCGCUUGGACGGUACUUACUGCGAUUUUCGUGGUUGUGGAAUGGGCCGCACAGAUUCGGAGCAACCCUGACACUCAGCAAGCUGUCAUCACCUUAAUCAAGUUGUGGAUUUGCGACGCGCUGAUGGUUUUUAUUUAUCCAGCAUUCUUUUACAUUUUCACGACUUUGUCCCUUGAUGGACAAAGAGCAUUCGCUUUGUUAUUACCAGUGAUCAAGUUGAUUAUGCGAAAUCUCUUUGCCCGUGUCACUGUUCAUUUUAGUGAUGCAACCCCUGAAUUCGUUGUAUUUCACGCUGAAGUAUUCAAUUCACUCUUCAUGUCAUACUGUAUGCAGAAGUCUCCGUCGAUAUGGACAACACUGCAGAUAACUAUCGCAGAUGCACUGCUUACAGUUGUUUCACUGCGUGACAUCGAGAGUGCUCGCCGUGGCUUAAAAAGCUUGGAGCGACGUAUUGACAAGAAAAAAGGCUGGGGGCGUUUCCACAACUCUGCUCAAAAUGGCAGAUAUUUGGAACAGACAACGCUCGAUCGAGCCAGUACACUACUUCAGCAGAACGAAAACCAAGAAAAUACUCGGAUAUCCUCUACUGCUGAUAUCGUACGAAUAGCGUCAUUUUGUGAUCGUGUCUUGAACGAUGCUAAAGCUGAAGGAGAAGAGGUGGAUACUAGGAAAACGGUAGUGAUGCCAAAAAAUAUGGAUCCUUCGAGCUCUUUAGCGGGUGGUAUGGUCCGUGCUACGGGUGUAGCCGUUCAUCCGAUCAGUAAUGACCGGACCGAUAUUGGGUCUAGCAACAUGUCGAUUACUCUACGAUACACGUGCAAAGUACGACGUCUAUUGUAUAUGGCGGAAUUUCUCGUUCUUUUGAACUACGUCGAAGUAUUCAUCCCACUGGUCUUCUCACUCAACACGCUUGCCACGUACCACCUACCCAAUCGAACGUACUAUCCAGCAUUCGAUGUUAUUCUCCUUCGCGAUGCUGGUUUUUACGUUAAAAAGAAUGUUGGGGUUUUCACCGACCCGGCAACUGGUAUUUGUCCUGGAGAAACAAUUUCACAGAGUGUACAGCAGUGUUGUAUUUUGGGUGUUCUACAAUGUCCAGGCAUCACUACAACACUCAGAAGGCAGCGUUCAACCAUCAAGUCCCAUUCGCAAUUCAGUAAUGUCAAGAUGCUAGCACCCGGCUUUGCUCGAUAUUCGUCGCCCAAUACGUCGUCGCCAUCAUUGCCAGACAUUUCGACCAUGAUUCAGACAUUCAUGACAAUCAAGGAGCACGCACAGAACUACAAUAUCUCCACCCCACUCUUCGCAUUGAUAGCAGUCGCUCGUAUCGUGUACCAACGCCAUAAAGAGCAGUUGGAGCAACAGCGACAAGAUCGUCCCCGCUAUUUGAUUGCCGAUUCUGACACCGACGAUGAUGCCACCGAUGAGGAAGGCGAAGCAAAGAAAUCGCACGGUAAACUCCCUUCUCCCGUUAAGGAGUGGAAUGUCGUGGCCGAAGACGACACCAAGACCCUGUCACUGGUAUACUAUCCAGAAGAGGAGGUGAGAGAGGAGACACCAGAAGAAGACAUGGAAUCGCCCUUAGAGAAAGUUUUAAUUCUCGUGAUCCCGGGAAACCCGGGGAAUCCGUACUACUAUCUACCACUGAUGCAGGAACUCGUCAAGAAGCACGGACGUCGUCAUGAAAUCCGCUGUUUAUCGCACGCGGGUCAUGUGAUGCCCUGGAAAAAUCACAAUCGAGAUUUCACGCUGCAGGAGCAAAUAGACCAGAAGGCAUUCUACGUUAAGCAGAGACUACGUGAAGAGCCGACACUGCGUCUUGUGGUUAUUGGACAUUCGAUUGGGAGCUACAUCACUUUGGAUAUCGCGAAGAGAUUUCCUCAGAACAUUGCGAAGCUGGUGCUGAUGCAACCUGCGAUCAUGCACAUCGCAUUGUCCCGCAAAGGCAAGCAAUUCAUGACUAUGAUGAACAACUAUGAGUUUGUAGUGAUGUUGAUGGGAGUUGUUGACUACCUCGUUCCAGUAUCGCUUCGUCGAUGGAUGGUGAGACGUUCGGUUGGGUCUCAUGCUGAAGAAACAGUGCGACUGGCAUCUUUGUCGCUUGUGAACUCCUGUGUUAUUCAGAACGUACUGGGGAUGGCAGCGAACGAGAUGGCAGAAGUUGUCGAAUUGGAUGAGGAGUUGGUCACACGACAUGAAGACAAGAUUUUAUUUGUCUACUCAACUGUGGAUGAAUGGGUGCCGGGGGAGUUCAUGCAAGAGUUCCAAUUGCGCUUUGUGAAUACACAGCAUCGAGUCGUACCUAAUCGUCAUGCCUUUAUGAUGGAGCUUGAUGGUACUCGCAACGUGACGGAGCAUAUCUCGCAAUGGAUUGCUGUUAUUCUGGACGAGAAGAAAGAAACCGCCAAAGCAGUGCUAAACUUUCUUGCCUCAUAA